AUGGAGUACAAGCAAACAGGCAAGCGCAAGAACCGACUCAAUGAUGAAGAUACAGCAGCCCCACGACCGCGUGCAGUGCGUCAACGACCAGGACUAGAAGAAUCAAGCGCGCCGGAAAACAACUCGUCACGCCAAGAAGAAGACGAAGAAACGAAGGAUUCUGGUGAUUCAACACCGCCUGUGUUUUGGCGUGCGAGUGCAAAUGCCGUUGAAGCAGCAGUGGACUUAUCAGAGCCCUCAACAUUUGAAGCAGCAGUAAGCGGCCCUGACCAAGUGCACUGGAGAAAAGCAAUUCAUGCAGAGCUCGAGUCAAUGCGACUUCGCGGUGUGUUUCGUGCAGCCAAGCUGCCCAACGGACAACGCGCCAUUGGCACAAAAUGGGUGUUCAAGAUCAAACGUAAAGCGGACAGAUCCAUCAAGAAGUACAAGGCGCGUCUCGUGGCAAAGGGCUUUCGCUUAAAGUAUGGAAUCAACUACACGGAGACGUUUUCGCCUGUGGUCGAGUAUGUGACGCUGAGAAUGGUGAUCGCAAUUUCCAAGUAUUUUGGAUGA